AUGUCGGUUUAUGACUUGUUGGCCAAGAUGGGGAUGGGCCAGCUCCCAGAAGGCUAUAACAAGAAAAUCCAUGGACCCUACAACCCUGCUCGUUACUAUGGAAAGCCGGAUAUCCCGUUGGGUCAGGUAAAAAUAAAGGAGCUGGGACCUUGGCUGGCGAGGAGGAACAAGGACCCGGUUUCGAUUGCUCGCCUCAUGUCACGAGGAUAUCACCGUUGGAGUCAGAAGUACAUUUUGGCUAGAACUGGCGGACUCGCGGGCUACACUCAAUUGUUGGUUGGGAUUUCGCUCUUCUUCUACACCAUCAAUUAUUGCAAAUACGCGAACCACCGCAACUACAAGUACCACUGGUGAACGUCAUCGCCACUCCUGGUGCAUCUGUGUCCAGACGUUCGAGUGUUUAUUCAGUAAUCCUGUCGAAAAGAGUUUAGUGAACGGAGAUUCAUCCAUCUUGGCUUGCUUCUCAAAUACAUGUGCAAUGUAGUUCA